AUGGCAAAUUCAAAUAUACAAAGAUCUUCUAAGAACUUGCUCCCUUACAACAAAGACCAUUUAGUUAGAAUCUUUCCAAUAAGGAGCAGUGGAUGUAGAGGUUUGGCUCAUUCAUGUCAUCAUUAUUCUGGUACAACACGUAGAGGUAGAAGCAGAGAAAGAGAGAGUGUUCUCUUACUUCUGGAAUAUUUGUACGAGAGUUUGCCCUCCUUUUUCAAUAUUCAAUACAAUUCCCAGUGUUUUUCAUUUCUGUUUACUCUGCUCUAUCAUUUGAUAAUACAGGACACAUCAAAUAAACACUUCACCUAUAAAUAUGAGCAUUCAUAUGUGCGACAGUGGUGCUGA